AUGCGAACAGACGCAGUACCGCACCGCACUACACAUCCACAGUCCCCUCCAACUCAAACCACCUCACCCCAAACUUCAAACCACCAGCACAAAAAUCCACUAACCAACCCGAUCAAAACCCCCGUCCCUCCUCCGUCAUACCGGCAAGCCAUCAUCCGCAGAUGCCUCGGAUCUGAUAAAAAAAAACUGUUCUCCAGCCAAUCCACCGUAAACGCGAAACCACCCCACGCUCAUCAUACGACCCAAAUCCGCGCGUCGCAUUCUACUCCGACACCGCUUGCUCCCCAAUGCCCCAUCACCCUACCACACACCACCGCCGCCAAUCAAUCAACUAUUAUGCGCGUAUGCAUUAAUACACAAGGGCUAGCGACGUAUAUCUCGGUGGAUCUAUACGAGAGCACAGACUCCAUCUGAUAAGCCGUGCGGCCCUGACGACGCUACGCAGGGAAAAUUUUUAUCAGAUGGAAAAAAAAAGAAGUGUACCCGACCUUGGCAUGACCCUUUGAACCCCAAUCCAAUUCCACCUUCUCCAUCUGAUGAAGAGAAACAAAAGCCACACGCUCGCGUCGAAAGCUCCGGCUCAAGGGAUCCUUGCCCAUGCGCAAGAAAAUUUUAUCAGAUGGAAAUGACACAGCUCUUGGCCGUCUGUGCAUUGGGAGGGACAACAUGUGAGAUGCCGCACAAGCCGAGAAUAAUCCCGCAAUCGGUUGAUCUGGCAAUC